CAGUUUCUCAUAUUGCAGAAGUAAAUAAAGCAAAGUGGACAGGACAACCAAACCAUACUUAACUAUUUGAGAGAUGAAUUUUAGGUGUCGCUUUAACGACAACUCUGGCUGUUAAUAAAUGAGGAACAUGAAAGCUGUGUAAGUCUGGUUGCAUAAGAAUAACAGCAGCAAUGUGAGAAAGAAAGCUGAAAGUCAUAAUGAGGAAGUCAUAGACCGAUAAGUACAGGAAGAAGACACAUUUAUGCUUUAGAAGCCUGAGAAGAAAAGAGAGACUGAGAGACAUAAUGGUUACAUUUAGAUGGAUAAAAAUGUUUCUGUUCUUUAUACUCAUGCUUCAGUUUGGAGGAGCACAUAGUAGAGCUCUUUUGCUCACCUUCACUGUCAGAGAUGGCGAUAAAGUCACUUUGCCUUGUGAAAACGUGAUCAACAAUCAUCACAACUGUGACACUACUGUCUGGAUCUUCACUGAUUCGAGAGGCAGAGCAGCAGUAGAGCUGGUUAAUCAUGGACAGAUCAAAGAAAAAGCCAAAUCAGACAGACUGAGUGUUACAGCAGAAUGCUCACUGGUUAUAAAGAAGGUCACAGUUGAGGAUGUUGGUCGUUACACCUGCAGACAGUUUAGAGGUAAUCCAGGGAGACAGCAAGGUCCAGAUGCUGUGGUUCAUCUGUCUGUUGUUCACAUGACUGAACAGAAGAACGCUGAUGCGGUGACUUUAAGCUGCUCUGUGUCGAUAUAUGAAAGGUGCAAAUACAAAGUGAAGUGGAUCCAUAACAGUGAAGCUCUGGACAGAGAUUACUCACAUUUAAAAACAUCGGAGUCUCCCUGCUCUGCUACUGUGACUUUUCUGAACCUUACAUACACUCACAUAUCGACUUAUGACUUUAACUGUAGCGUAACAACAGAAGAUAACAAAGAGCAGCUUUUUACCUUCAGCACUCAGUCAUCAGGUGAGAAAUCAAAUACUGCAACAACAAUAAAAUCAGAAACUACAACUGGAAACACAACAAAAGAGCUGGAAAUCAUGGAUGAUUCAACAAAAUUACCAGGCUCAUGCUGGUACAGGCUCAUCAUUGUGCCUCUGGGUUUGGCAGCACUUAUAGCAGCUGUUGUGGUCGUCAACAUCUGGACAAGAGCUGGUGAGAAUAUUCACAUCUAAGCAAGAAGGGUUGAUAAACCUAACAUGAAGCUCUGAAGAAGCACAGGUUUAUGAUUUCGUAUUUUACAGGUGUGUAAAGAUGGUGAACUAUGAAAAAGUCCAAUCUUCUGAUGUAGUUUGACCAACCCUCCAGCUUCUGUCAGAUCUCAGUGAUCAGCACAUCAACAUGCUUUAUAUUUGCACGAGGAGCAGAAGCUUUUAAAAAGAGACUCGUUAGUUUUGCUUUAGUCACAGUUUGAACAACAAUUUUGAAAUCUUGAUAUGAUCUGUUUAGAACCACAGUGACUUUUCUAAACUGCCUGCCUGCAUCAGCUGUAAAAAGCUCUUCCUCCUUGUACUGUGUUUUUUGGAGGUGACCAUUGUUUUUCAUCAGUUUUCAGCAGGCAGGGGGCGCUUUUGGAGGUUUUCUGGACGACAUGUUGUUUUCGCUUUCUGCAGAGGCCUCCUGUACAGCAUGUGUGUUGUAAAAAGAAUACACAUACCUACAUUUUUCUUUUACAUCUGCAUUUGCUGAUCAUUUCUGAACUUGGAAAACAUGCUCUCACUAUUAUUUCCAAAACACUCCUGUCGGCACUUUAAUCUUGGGUAAUAGAUUUCAAAGCCAUUUUUCAUUUCUUUCUUUUUCAGCUGCAGAAACUUAGUUUAAAGUUUUGAGCUUAGUUUUAUGAGCCUGAGCCUGGAUACAAAGUCAUUUGUAUCCAGGUGUGGUCGAAUCUGGUCUGCACUCAAAUGAGUUUUGAUUGACGAUGAUGUAAUCACACACACUGUUAUCUUUGCCUAACUAUUUUUAAAUCCCUGUAGAACUGGAACCACGUAAG